UUACCAUCAGUCAACAGGACAUGACAGCUAAGAUGAACGUAAAAGCAAAAGCUUACAUCUGCCACACGUCUACCGGACCUUUGCAGUCCUACAGCCAACGGCUCUUUGUGUCUACACAGGGUCACCAUGACGCUCCCGCAAGUGUCGGACCUUCACAUGCAAAGCAAUCACUAACAGUGACCACAUGACAUGUCUCCAGAGUGCCUUCACAUGUAUGCUCACAAGCAUUCCCCUUCUUUCUCCAAGUACCCCUUCGCGCACCAAAAACCUCCAACUUGGUUGAACUGUUCCCGUGGUUUUCGGCCUCAUCCAAGCAGGCAGGCGAUGACGCAGUUCUGGAUGCAUGGCAGCUAUAGAUACACCUUGGUUAGAGCACAUGUCGAGCUCAUCGCGACCCCACAAGGAUGCGUCGUCACCGCAGCCCUCCGGUGAAUCCAACCCGCCGACCUAUGCCACCUUCUCACCCUCCAACCUAGCCCAGGUCACGCCGCAGACAAAGUUACGCUCCGCAAUCCUCGUGCAUCAAAAGUCGCCGCUACUUGCUGCUACGCCGCCGCAAAUCACCCGCGUUCUUGCGUAUUCGCAUCCCUUCAUUGCGCCUCUGAGCAAGUUGGCUGGGCUGGUGACAUGGACGACGGAAGACCCAUGGGAAAGCUUCCUUUUGGUGGCAGGCUUUUGGGCCGUGGUCAUGUACGGUGAUGUUGUCACGAGAUAUGCAGGGCCCAUUAUCGUAGUGUCUGCCUUGAUUCUAGGAAUGUACACACGGAGAUACUCUCCGCUUUCAUCGACUGGAUGGACGGGGGAGAAGGGACAAAGGGGACAUGCACGAACCGAGUCAGAGAGCAACAUUAAGCAUCACAAGAGCUUGGAGGAGAUUGUGGACAGCCUGAAGCUGUUCACGUCGCGCUGCAACAUCCUCCUCGACCCCUUCUUGCGCCUAACCGACUUCCUCUCCACACAAAGGACAGCAACAUCAGCAACAACACGGCCAGCGCUUACUGUACUGUUCAUUCGCAUUCUCGUUGUACUCCCACUAUGGGUACUCCUCACGCUCCCACCCCUCUAUAUCCUCACCACGAAACGAGCCGUCCUAGCCAUAGGUACUGUGAUACUCAGCUGGCAUUCUCGACCCGCACGCGUCACCCGCACGUUGAUCUGGCGAUCUAAAACAGUCCGCAAAAUAUGCACUUUCAUCACUGGCCUGAAUCUGAGUGAGGUGACACCAAAAGACAAAACUCAUUCUAGACCUCCACCACUGCCUCCUCGCAAGAAAAGUACCCAGGAAGUAGCAGCAUCUCUGGCGGCCAAGCGCCGACCCGAGUCGACAGGAGUGCGCUUUACCUUUUCGAUAUACGAGAAUCAGCGACGUUGGCUGGGUAUCGGGUGGACAUCGUCCAUGCUGGCAUAUGAGCGGGCUUCGUGGACAGAUGAGCACCUCAACGCUGUACCACCAAAGGAACAGUUUGAGUUACCUGAGGUGGAAGGCGGGCAGGCGAGGUGGAGGUGGGUUCAAGGAACUGAGUGGAAGACUGAGGGCGCAGACAAAGAUGGCAAGGUAGACAAAGGUGUUUCAAAGGACGAUACAGGGUGGAUAUAUUACGACAACAAGUGGCGAGACGGUCGCAGAGGCCAAGAUGGCUGGGGACGCUAUACGCGUCGGCGAAAGUGGUACCGCUCUGCCGAACUGGUCGAAUCCACCCCCUCGACAGAAGUAACCCCCAUGCCGACUCCCCGCCACGAUCCCGUCGCCGAUUCUGCGCAGCCCGAAGACCCCAAUCAUCUUACCAGACUCUCGUCAAACCUCAGCACAACAUCGUUUGCAACUGAGCCGACCCUGGUUGAUGCGGCCUCCGAUGUGGACGUAGCGAGCACCAAGACGAAGAGAGCAUGGUUUAAGGGCAAGAAACGGAGCAAGAGUACAACGAGGAGUGUGAGCAAUGCGACGAUUGAUAGCUCGACGAGUACAGGGACAGAUGUAAGUCGGAGGAGUGAUGAGGAUGAUUUCACAAAUCCGCUGGAAAGGACGGUGAGAGAAGAUGAGUGGAGGCUUGGAGAUGAUAUAAGACAGCAUCUUGAUAUCUAGGUUGGGUUCAUUCGGACGUACAUAUAUGGGGGCAAGCGUUCUCGUUGGUUCUUUGUGGUUGUAAUAUUAGUGGUUCGGCGUUACGG